AAUCUAAAUUCUCCUUAGACUGCUUGGGCUCCCAGGCUACUCGCGCUGGGAACGGAGAGGUCCGCAUGGGUUUACCUCAGGGUUUAUUUCGCACCCUGUGGAGGAUGCUGUCAAAGGAGGUGAAAGAACAUGUGGGAACGGACCACUUCGGAAACAAAUACUACUAUGUCCCGCAGUACACAAACUGGAGAGGACAAAUUAUUCGAGAUAAAAGGAUAAUAGAAGCAGCAAAGAAAAAUGAAAUCAGCUAUGAAGUAGGUGAUAUCCCAAUAGAAUGGGAAGCUUGGAUUAGAAGAAAAAGAAAUACUCCACCUACUAUGGAGGUUGUUGCGGCACCUGGCCAGUCCCGGCUCCCAACUCCUUCCAACGCUCCCCACUCUCCGAGCUUUCACGCCUCUCUCCCUGCUGUGCUGACCAGGACACAACAGUGGCUGCAGGAAAUACUAAAGAAUGAAGAGUACAGACAACAAAUGAAGAUAAAAAGCAAAGAUUUUUAUGAAAAAGAAAAGCUCCUUAGUCAAGAGACCAAUGAGGAACUCUUGCCUCCACCAGUUCAGACUCAAAUUAAAGGGCACGCCUCUGCUCCAUACUUUGGAAAAGAAGAACCCUCCGCAACACCUACCAGCACUGGGAAGACCUUCCAGCCAGGGUCCUGGGUGCCACAAGAUGGCAAGAGCCACAAUCAGUGAAUUGCAUUAUGGUAAAAACCAUUUCAUUUGUAUAGAUAAGACUUUUAACAAAUAAAAAGGUGUUUAAAAAUGAA